GAAAAAAGUAAAAAAGAAAAAAAGAAGAGAGAGCAAAAGAAUAGGGGAAGUUGAUGGAGGAGAUUGUUCCUUUUGUGAACGCUUCAAUGGCAUAAAUUUCCGGCCAUCACAUCUCUUCUUGCUUCCUCUCUCUCCCUAGUUCUCGAUUCGAUUCAUCAUUGUUGUUCACCGUCCUUCCUUCCUUUUCUUCUUCUUCUUAUUUGAUUCAUCCCCUCUACAUUUAGGGUUUCCGGUUUUGACAUUUCUAGGGUUUUUCUUGUUUGUUCUGUAUCGUAUAGACGGCGAAUUAAAAAGGGGGAAAACACCGCUAUCGAGGCCUUUUGUUUUAAUUUCCCUGUGUUGUGGUUUCCCCUCAGGUUUUGUUAGAUCUGAGGUUGCUAUUUUUGAAUAUCAUCACCAUCUAGAGUUCUUUUGGUCGUGUGUGAUAAAAAAAACGGUAGCUCCAUUUCUGGUGGAGAAGGAGAAGAAGACAAAAAGCGUAAGGCAAGGCAAUGAGCGCUUCGAGGUUCAUAAAGUGUGUCACCGUUGGCGACGGAGCUGUUGGCAAAACCUGUUUGCUGAUUUCUUACACCAGCAACACUUUUCCUACGGAUUACGUACCGACUGUUUUCGAUAACUUUAGUGCUAAUGUGGUUGUUAACGGGAGCACUGUCAACCUAGGACUAUGGGAUACCGCAGGGCAGGAAGAUUAUAACAGAUUAAGACCUUUGAGUUACCGCGGUGCUGACGUUUUCAUCUUAGCAUUCUCUCUUAUCAGUAAGGCUAGUUAUGAGAAUGUCUCCAAGAAGUGGAUCCCAGAGCUGAAGCACUAUGCCCCUGGUGUUCCAAUAGUUCUUGUUGGAACCAAACUAGAUCUUCGGGAUGACAAACAAUUCUUCAUUGACCACCCUGGCGCUGUACCUAUUACCACUGCUCAGGGAGAGGAACUGAAGAAGCUAAUUGGAGCUCCUGCAUACAUCGAGUGCAGUUCAAAAACACAGGAGAACGUGAAAGGUGUAUUUGAUGCAGCGAUCCGAGUGGUUCUUCAACCUCCAAAGCAGAAGAAAAAGAAAAGCAAAGCACAAAAAGCCUAUGGUGAUUUUGGUAUAUUGUCAUGUCUUGAGUACUUCAUCCAAAAAUUGUGA